CAAACUCUAGUCGCGAGCUGCUUCCCAUCGGAGGAGUAAAGAUGGCUGACCAGGGCGCCGCAGAUCCCGCUAACAACAACAAUCAAGCCGACGCCGCGGAGGGAACCAUCAUUAAGGUCACCGUAAAGACCCCCAAAGACAAGGAGGAAAUCGCCAUCGCAGAAGAUUCGUCAGUCACGCAGUUCAAGGAGGAGAUCUCCAGGCGCUUUAAAGCCAAGCAGGAUCAGUUGGUUCUGAUCUUUGCCGGCAAGAUCCUGAAGGACGGCGACAGCCUUAGCCAGCACGGCAUCAAGGAUGGCCUGACUGUGCACCUGGUCAUCAAGACGGCUCAGAAGGCCUCAGAUGGAGGCAGCACUUCAGCCUCAAGCUCCUCGCCCACCCCUGCAGGAAGCACCAAUGCCUCCAAUCCAAGCACCACGCCUUCCUCCACGGCCGGGUCCACGGCCGGCUCUGCUCCGCCGCCCACUCAGACGCCCAACCUACUGAGCGGUUUCGGUGACCUGUCCAACCUGGCGGGCCUGGGGAUGGGCACGUCCAACUUCAUGGAGCUGCAGCAGCAGAUGCAGCGGCAGCUCAUGUCCAACCCGGAGAUGCUCUCGCAGAUCAUGGAGAACCCGCUGGUGCAGAACAUGAUGUCCAACCCGGACCUGAUGCGGCAGAUGAUCGUGUCUAACCCCCAGAUGCAGCAGCUGAUGGAGCGCAACCCAGAGAUCUCACACAUGCUCAACAACCCUGAGCUAAUGAGACAGACCAUGGAGCUUGCUCGCAACCCGGCCAUGAUGCAGGAGAUGAUGCGCAACCAGGACCGGGCGCUCAGCAACUUGGAGAGCAUCCCGGGUGGCUACAACGCCUUGCGCAGGAUGUACACAGACAUCCAGGAGCCAAUGUUCAGCGCGGCCAGAGAGCAGUUUGGCAACAACCCCUUCUCAGCCCUCGGCGGCGGCUCCGAGUCGGGCGCCCAGCCGUCGCGGACGGAGAACCGCGAGCCCCUGCCCAAUCCUUGGGGUCCGUCCAACGCCUCGAACCCCGCGGAGAACGGCGGCGGUGGCGGCGGCACGGCGGGUGGAACCGGCGCCGCCGCCGCAGGCACCAACCCCACCGUGUCCAACCCGCUGGGCGUCAACCCCAGCAGUCUGGGAAACGGAAUGUUCAACAGUCCGGGCAUGCAGAGCCUCUUGCAGCAGAUCUCGGAAAACCCUCAGCUCAUGCAGAACAUGCUGUCCGCUCCCUACAUGCGCAGCAUGAUGCAGUCGCUGUCUCAGAACCCAGAGUUGGCCUCCCAGGUUAUGAUGAAUAAUCCCUUAUUUGCCGGAAACCCACAGCUGCAGGAACAGUUCAGGUCUCAGCUUCCCAUCUUUCUGCAGCAGAUGCAGAACCCAGACGCGCUGUCAGUGAUGACGAACCCGCGCGCCAUGCAAGCGCUCAUGCAGAUCCAACAGGGCCUACAGACGCUGCAAACGGAAGCACCGGGCCUCAUGCCCAGCUUGAUGACGAGCGGCCUUCCCGGAGGGAUUCCUGGUGGCAUCCCCGGCGUCCCCACGGGCGGCAGCGCGCCCACCGAGAACCCCGCGUCCUCGCCCAGUAGCGCCGGGACGCCGCCGAACGCCACUCAGCAGCAGCUGAUGCAACAGAUGCUCCAAAUGUUCGCCGGAGGAGGCGUGGGAGGGAGCGCACCGAACCAGACCCCCGAGGUCCGCUUCCAGUCCCAGCUGGACCAGCUGAACGCCAUGGGCUUCAUCAACCGCGAGGCCAACCUGCAGGCCCUCAUCGCCACCGGAGGGGACAUCAACGCCGCCAUCGAGAGACUGUUGGGCUCGCAGCCCUCGUAAAGACACGCACACAAACACAUGCACACACAUGCAGUACAUACUGGCGCCCUGCAUACGUACACAGCCACACACGCGCACACCGCCCCACAUCCACAGACUAAAAGCAUCGCGUUUCGCCCCCCAAACUUUACAAAGACACUUUGGGCAAGAUCCGACACCUCCAUUCUGUUCUCGGAUCCCUGCUCCAUUACAAUAUUUUCCCUCUUUUUGUUUGCCAUCAUCCACUCGGUGUCUUGUUGGGUGGUCUCAUUUGUUUAUUGACAACAGUGGGACGGCCUUCCAGUUAUAAGAGAUCAAAGCGCACGACGUGAUUGGCUAUCGCCGGUGGUCGUGCGCUAGCUUUAAAGGUCUCAUUUGUUCAUGCGACUGGCCCCUUUCUGUUCUUGAUAAAAGCAAGCUUUCCUCCACAAUUGCGGCUUUCCGGAUGAUGCCCUCCACACUUGUAGUUUGUCAUUCCAGGUUCAAGGGAAGAAAAAAAAAGUGUCUUUGUGUGUCUGAGGCACCGCUGUUGUGCCUUUUGUGUCCUCCCUUUCAAUGCGAGACUUCCACAAGUGUGUGUGCGUGCCUGUGCGUGUGUGUGUGGUUGGGUGGAAAGGGGGUGUGGUCUCAAGUUAAAUCCAUGCAUCCGCACAUCACAAGACUUUACUUAUCGGGCGCAAACAGUUGGCACGGUCGACACCGCCAAUACAAAUGAAGCAAAAUGAACUUUUCUUUCAUUUUAAUCUGAUGAUUUACUACUUUUGUUCUUUUUUUGAGGCGCAUUUAAAUUAAACGAAAUUCAGUUGAAUCAGUUGGCCUCACAAAGCAAUUCUGGUAUGGUGGACCUACCAUACGUGUCUAAAAAAUAAAUAAAUAAAUAAACAAAUCUAGCGCUAGGUUGUCAUAUCUUUAUUUUUUCCUCUCUGGAAACUCAGCAUUGUAGUUGUGGUAACCAUGGCAACUGCUUCUCGGGCUUUGCGUUGUUUGUUGACCUCGGCUGAAAACAACAAAACGGAAAAAAAUCCAUCUCCCAAUUGAACAUGUUGGAACUAACUUUUAACAGUACUGUACUAAAAAAAAAUAAAAAUGAACGUGGUCAAAA